AUGGCACAGCUCUACCAGGAUAUGAACAAGGCUGGGAGAUAUACGACAGCCAGGAAGCGCGCCAAACAUCUAGAGAAGGUCUUCCUUCGCGGAAAAGUAGACCAGGCUCUCAGAAAAUGGGAAGAGGAUCACAGAUUGGGACACGACGGUGUACGAAUGGACUACAACCCGGAGCAUCUGGAGAUUGGGGCUAAGCUCCAUGCACUUGCCAGGAACGUAGACUACAGUCGGAACAUUAUGGAUGAACUGUUCAGGCUGUAUCCGAAUUGGGACACCUCCAUCAUGAUGGCUGUUUUCCGAGCUCAUACGAGCUCAGAACUACAAGAGCACCAUGACAUGGCAAAGCAAAUCUAUGUCAGAAUGAAGGACCAGAGAGGCAACACCUGCUCGAUCAAGGACUACGACGCUUGGCUUGUGGGCUCCUUAGAAAUGCGAAGCUUGAGUCAUGCCAAGCAAGUGUUUAGGGACAUGGUUAAGGAUGGCUACCUGGCUACUAGCGGAGAUGCAGAACAAGUCAGCCAAGUGUUGAAGAGACUGCACAUGAUAUAUCGACUUGGAACCAAUAUCGAGUCCAUGACUAGUAUCGCUCUUGAUGCUAUAUCUGUGCUCCCUCGUGGUUAUCACGGCCAUUUGUUCGGUGACUGGCUGAAAUCUACCGUUGUCAAGAACACGCCACAGGCAGCCGCUCAAAUCUUGGAGAUGAUGCUCAAGCGAGGUUACAGACCAGAAACGUUCCACUACAACAUGUUUCUCAGAGCGUUGAUACGGACGAAAGAGGAGGCGAAUAUCCUGAAAGCGGAAAAUAUUGGUUGGCGCAUGGUCGAAGCCGCUUGCGAAGCUGGUCGACAUGACGUUACUCCAGAAACAAUACCAGCCAUCAUCGACAAAAAAAUCGCCGAGGCUCCUCCUACAUCUGACGAAAUGACCCAACGAGCUCCUGUUGCUGACGUAACAACGUUUGCCUUGAUUAUGCAACACCAUGCCAACAGCCUGCAAUGGGAACACGUCGAUUACUUGUCCCGACAGCUCAAAGCAGCGAAAGUCAAGCCCAAUGCUACCAUCAUGAAUGUCCUUAUGGAUAAUAAAUGCCGACAAGGUGCCUACAGCGAAGCAUGGAAGAUCUACAAGUCUCUCACUGAGCCGCAAGAAGGAAGCAACGGCGUCUUCCCAGACGGUGCAAGCAUACGUUGUCUUUGGAAAACGCUCCGAUUAGCACUUGGCGACUCUACCGUUCAAAACAAGCUCGAUUUGCCUAGCCCUCGUGAGCUACUAGCAGAGACGGUAAACUGGUGGACGCUCUGUCGCAGUCGCUACGACGCCGAUCGUUUCCGCAUGGGUCUCGCAGGCACAGACAGUGGAGCAAUCACGUCGCUCAUCAUGCACUGCUUUAGUUACAAUCGAGAUCUGGCUGGCUCGUUGGUCGCUCUGCACGUCCUUCGUCAUCGCUUCCACAUCUUUCCCACCGACGAAUCAGCGCAAAUUUUGCAAAGACAGAUGGCCUGGGUAGACUUGGCAGAUGAGUCUGCGGCUGUGCGUGGUCAAUACUUCCACAGCCGUUCCAAUAAGAAAAACACUGACCGUAUAGCGGCGGUCUACGACAUUCUGCUGCAGCGACGAUUGUCAAGAACAGGUUUGAAGGAAGGCGAUUUUGAGAAAUUGACGGACGAACAGAUUGGGGAUAUGGGAUUGAAUUUGUUGAGCGAAUUCAUAAGAGUGGUGCUCAAGAGGUACCACCCACCCGAAGUGGUAGAGAUGAUGAUUGAUGUGACAAGGAGUGUAGUGGGUGUACCUGAUCUGCCCACCGGGGACAUGGAUGCAUUUGAAGUGGCUUGA